AUGUGGAAGCUGCCUCGCGAGAACCAGAGGGGACUGUUGGCAGCAUACCACAGCUUCUACACCUAUUGGGCGCGGUACGUGCUGUCGACUUUUCUUCCCAUGGCGAACACCAGCGGGCACAGCAAGAAGCUCACCAUGAACGCAGUCUUCUUCUUGGCGUAUUGUAUUGGCAAUAUUCUUGGGCCCCAAUGCUUCCGUGCCAGUAAAGCUCCAUCGUAUUCCAAGGGACAUGAAGGUCUUCCCGAGUGCCCGGUUGUGGCGAUUGCGUCUAUUGUUUCCUAUGGACUUCUUCGCCGAUGGGAGAACAGUUGUCGCGAUAAGGCAGAGCAGGAGAAUAUGAAGUUAUCGGGGGAUGCUGCGUACUCGGAUCUGACGGAUAAGAUGAGGCAGUCUUCCAGGUAUACUUAUUAG